GUUCCUGAUGCUCGGAGGCUACGACCAGGAGAUGCGCCUCUACGGUGGCGAGGAGAUGGAGAUCAGCUUCCGGACCUGGAUGUGUGGGGGCGCCAUUGAGCAUGUGCCCUGCUCCCAUGUGGGCCACGUAUUCCGGACUCCCAAGUACUGGCAAGGUCAGGUCUACGAAGUUCCCGGCGAGGAGAUCGCCCGGAACAAGCUUCGUGCCGCGGAGGUCUGGCUGGACGAUUACAAGAAGCUCAUGCAAUACGCUACAAUGCUGUUGCCAAAGCGCCUCUCCCUGGGCGAUGUAUCGGCCCGAAAGUCUCUUCGACAAAGACUUGGCUGUGCAGGCUUUGAGUG